AAAGGAUUUUUCCCCCCUCCAUAAAUCAAUAGGCAUGACACAGCUGCAGUUCAAAGAUGCAUUUUGGUGCAAGGAAUUCACUGUCCACUCUGGCUAUGAGGUACUUCUCCAGCGAAUGUUGGAUGGGAGAAAGAUGGCAAAAGAUGUGGAGGACUUGCUCAAACAGAGGGCACAAGCAGAAGAGAGAUAUGGGAAAGAGCUGGUUCAAAUUGCCCGAAAAGCAGGAGGACAAACCGAAAUCAACACUCUGAAGGCAGCAUUCGAGGUCCUAAAGCAACAAAUUGAAAAUGUUGGAAACUCUCAUAUCCAACUGGCAUUGAUGCUGAAGGAUGAACUGAAAGGAAUAGAGGAGUUCAGAGAAAGACAGAAGGAGCAACGAAAAAAGUACGAGAUUGCAAUGGAACGUGCGCAAAAGAGCAAGGUGUCCCUUUAUAAGAAAACAAUGGAGUCAAAGAAGACCUACGAGCAGAAGUGCAAGGAUGCAGACGAGGCUGAGCAGGCCUUCGAGAGGAUAAGUGCUUCAGGCAACCAAAAGCAAACAGAAAAGAGUCAGAACAAAGCCAAGCAAUGCAAAGACACAGCAAAUGAAGCAGAAAGGGCGUACAAGCAGUAUAUAGAACAGCUGGAUAAGGCCAGAAUGGAGUGGGAGAAGGAACAUAUCAGCACCUGUGAGGCAUUUCAGCUCCAGGAAUGUGAUCGUAUCACCAUCCUCCGGAACUCCCUUUGGGUUCACUGUAACCAGCUGUCCAUGCAGUGUGUGAAGGAUGAUGAGAUGUAUGAAGAGGUUCGAGUGAGCUUGGAGAACUGCAACGUAGAAUCAGACAUGGAUUACUUCAUUAAGAAUAAAAUGACAGGAACAGAUCCACCAGUUCCAAUAGGAUAUGAGAAUUAUUAUGCCAGAGAAUCUCCUAGAUGUAGCAACAGCCCAGUCCAGUCUUGUGGGAUGAUGAAAAGAUUCUCCGGAUUGUUACAUGGAAAUAGCAGAAACUCCAGUGAAACCAUCAUUCCCACAGCCCCUCCUAUAGACGAGAAAGUGGAUGGAGUCUACGCAGCUAUUAAUGUGGGUGAACAAGCAGCGACCACACCAUCACAGGACUACAGAGUGCUCUACGACUACACAGCCCAGAGCACCGAUGAACUGGACAUCAGUGCAGGAGACAUCAUAGCAAUCAUCGCAGAAGGCGAGGAUGGCUGGUGGACAGCAGAAAGGAAUGGUCAACAAGGAUUUGUACCAGGGUCUUAUCUCGAAAAGCUUUGACGAAAAGAUGCAUCUACUUUAAGACCUUAAAAAUACCUUAUUCUCUAAAAUGGUACACAUGGUCAGCCAGGGCUCACCAAGAGGAGCCCAUAUCAUUGUCUUCUAAGAUUAUCACUUGGGGCUAACAAAUUGUCCAUGCCUUUUUCCUUUAGGCCUCUCUCACCCCACACUGGAGUUUUCCCAGAGACACUGCAGGUGUUUCCCUCUUACAAGGGCUUUUAUCCCUUUGACUGUUCCAUCAACAUUACAUUGAACACAUUCCAUCAGCGCCUCAAAGUUAU